AUGCCCAUCGCACUCGAGGAGAUUGCCUCCCAGCUCGCCGCCCCAGGCAAGGGUCUGCUGGCCAGCGAUGAGAGCACAGGCACUAUUGGCAAGCGGCUCGAGAAGGCUGGAUUCGAGAACUCAGAGGAGACGCGACGGUCGUACAGGGAGUUGUUCUACACAGCCCCCAUCGGCGAUGCAGGCAUCAGCGGCGCCAUCCUGUUCAAAGAAACGCUGCGGCAGAGCGCGGGCGACGGCACGCCCUUCACGCAGUGCCUGCUGCGCCAGGGCGUGCUGCCCGGCAUCAAGGUGGACGAGGGGCUGGUGCCUCUGGAGGGCCGCCCAGGAGAAACCAGCACACGCGGGCUGGAAGGCCUGGAGGCGGCGUGCCGCCAGUACGCCGCCGACGGCGCCAGGUUUGCCAAGUGGCGGGCGGCGCUCAAGGUGGGCGCCGGUCGCCCCUCAGAGCGUGCCAUCGAGCUCAACGCGCAGCAGCUGGCCGAGUAUGCCGCCGUGUGCCAGGCCUGCGGCAUGGUGCCCAUUGUGGAGCCCGAGCUGCUGAUCGACGGCGACCACGACACAGCCGCCUUUGCCCACGCCUCCGCACGCGCCAUCUCCCGCUGCGGUGUGGUGCUGGAGGCCACGCUGCUCAAGCCCCAGAUGAUCUUGCCAGGCAGGCUGCGGGCCAUCCACCCUGCCAUGCAUGCCUUGGCGGGCGCAGACUACAGCGGGCCCCGGCCCAGCCCUGAUGAUGUGGCUCACGAGACGCUGCGGGUCAUGCGGAGAUGCGUGCCCCCUGCGCUGCCUGGCAUCAUGUUCCUCAGUGGAGGGCAGACUGAGGAGGAGGCGACGGUGAACCUGAAUCGCAUCAACCAGCUGGCGCAGCAGCAGGGGCGGGCACCCUGGGCCCUGUCCUUCUCCUUUGGGCGCAGCCUGCAGGCCAGCGUGCUGAAGCUGUGGUCAGAAGACCCCAGCGGCAACCGGCAGCGCUGCCGCGACAUGGCGGCGGCUCUGGCCCAGGCCAACAGCCAGGCGGUCCUGGGGCGGUUUGAGGGCCCACACCCCAGUGUCACCUCGCAGCAGGGCUCGCUGCGGGAGAGCUUCCGCGGCUGGCGCACCGAUGUGUAG